UAAAACGAUCCACCAUGAUGCUCUUGGUUAUUCUCAAUCUUCUGCAGGAGGUUCUUGGACUUGCAGGUGUAGCUCUUGACCCCUGCUCUGCCUACAUCAGCUUGAACGAACCCUGGAGGAACUCGGACUUCCAUGUCAACCGGUCGUCCAGCAUGCCCCUGUGUGACAGCCACAUGUCUGGGGAGUGGUACCGCUUCACUGGCAUGGCCGGGGACGCGAUGCCUACCUUCUGUAUCUCUGAGAACCACUGCGGCACCCACGCCCCCGUCUGGCUCAACGGCACCCACCCGCAGCUCCAUGAGGGGAUUGUGACGCUGCCAGUCUGCGCCAGCUUCAAGGACAACUGCUGCCAGUGGAAUGCCAGCGUUGAUGUGAAGGCCUGUCCUGGAGGAUACUUUGUCUACCGCCUGCCGAGGCCUUCUGUCUGCUUCCAUGUUUACUGUGGCCAUUUCUAUGAUAUCUGUGAUGAGGUGGACUGCAAAGGUCCCAGAUGUCCAGAGCCUGAGUGCCGCUGUGCACCGGGAACUGUCCUAGGACCAGACGGGCAGACGUGCUUGGAUGUGAAUGAGUGUGAUAAAGAGAAUGGUGGCUGUGCCGAGGCGUGCGUCAACACCAAGGGCUCGUGGCGUUGUGAGUGUGGACGAGGACGCGUGCUGGAUGAGGACGGACGCAACUGCAGAGAGAUCGCAGGUUGUCAAGUCAACAAUGGGGGAUGCAGCCACGUCUGCACCCAGAUGCGAAACUCCUAUCAGUGCAGCUGUCCCCGAGGGCUGGAGCUGGGAGAAGAUAAAAGCACAUGCCAGGUGCCAGUCCGGUGUGAUCCCAGCUUGAUUGCGGUGUCAGUUCCUAAAGACCUUGUUGGAGGUCUGGAGCUUUCGCUGUCAAACUCUUCCUGCCAAGGAGUCUCCAAUGGCACCCACAUCAACCUGAGCUUCAGCCUCAAAACCUGUGGCACAGUAGUGAAGGUGACAGAAAGCAAGAUAGUUGGGACCAACCUGGUGACGGGUCUGCCCAAGAGCAUCCCCGGCAGCAGCAGGGACUUAAUAGUCCGAACUGGCAAGUUAUUGCUCCCAGUGACAUGUGAGUUCCCCAGGGAGUACCAGGUGUCGGAUGGGUACCAGGCAAAUCUGCAGGGCUCGGCCUUGGAGCUGGAGAGCCACAGCCAGGGCAUCUUUGGGUUUAACUUGGAGCUGUUCAAGAAUGCAGAGUUCUCUGAGCCCUACCGCAGCCCGCCGCAGCUCCACCUCCACGACUUGCUGUUCUUUGGGGUGGAACCAAAGGAGAGAGUGGAGGGCCUCUCGGUCCUGGUGGAGAGCUGUUUCGCUACUCCAGGACCCAAAGCCGACCAGGCCCUGAAGUAUUACCUCAUCAAAGAUGGAUGCAUCUCAGAUGAAACAGUGACACAGCAUUCAUCAAAGGACCAGCUCUCCAAGCAUUACCAUGUCCCUGUCUUCAAGUUCAUUGGCAAGGACAGCCAACAAGUGUUCCUCCACUGUCGGGUGUUGGUGUGUGGGCCAGGAGACACCCGCUGCGCCCAGCACUGCCGUGGACGUGCACGACGGGAGAUUCGGAUUAGAAACGAUCAGCAAAAGCAAACAUUGAACAGAGGACCUAUUUACAUCCUGCCUUAGGCGAGUGUCUCUAAAACAACCAGUAGCAAAUAUGCCAGCACAUCAAUUACUCUUGCAAUUGAGGUGACCCUUUCAGUUUAUUUGGUAGUUAAAGCACCAAAUAGAUGCAGAUAUACAGUCCAUUGCACUGUCCCUUUAAAGCAAUAUACACAUAAAUACACAUAUUCUUCCAAGCGUCAGAGUCUCACAGUUGUAUUUCUGACGUUAUAAUGAUUGACAAUCCCAUUACAAACCUGAUGGCUGGGCCCACAGCACAGCAGAUGUUUAUCAGGAUGCCAUUGUAAGGACAUUUUCUCUGGAUUGAUUGCAGCUUCGAGACUCAGACUAGUUUAAAUUUCAUACCAUCAUUAACUUGGAAAACAACACACGGUCCUUCUGCUGAUCCAUUUUAACUCAUUUGCUGAGCUUAAUCAAAGCACUGGAUGUACGUUAGACAUUAUGAGGGCCAGCAGAGAAAUGUGUCGGUAAUGAUGCACAUGGCUCAUUACUCUGGAAGCUAACCGACGGGUAAUGUCAUUUAAGUUCAAAUUAGACGGAAAGUAAAAAAUUACUUGCAUAAACUAUGUGCUGUAGUUGGCAUUCGACUUGGCAUUGAAGAUCUCUGACAAAUUUUAGACGGCAGCACGGACAUUGUGCCGCUUGCACUCCUAUUAUUACCUUGAAAUUUCAAUGGAGAAGACAUUAAUCCCACCAAAAUAUUUUUCUCAUCUUCAUAUCAGGUGUUUCGUUUGGAGUCAUCAAGUAAUUUAUGGUAAUGGAGUCAUAGAAACCCAAAUUUGACCUACAAUGAGGAGGUAAAUAUGCAUAAGCAAUUAAUUCAGACGCUAAAGGCCAUCUUCAGACUGACAAUAUCUGUUUGGACCCUGUAUUAAUAAAUCUUCUGAAUCACUGAA